GGUCUGAUAUACUGUACUUGUACUGCUCUGGUCUGGUGCUGGGUGCUGGUGCUCGUGCUGGUUGAUAGGUGGUGGUAAUACUGCUGGUGAACAAUCCAAUAGCCAGAAUCACAGUAAAAUAGCAUGACAUCUUCCUGCCUGGCCAGUUCUACAAGUUUCCCCUAUACUAGCCCCUAGAUUCGAACGAACGGGUUUCUUUUGACUCUUACAUCAAUCUUUUACGGCUUUUUUUUUGUUAUCCAACCUUUUAUUUAUUUUUUACUUAACAAAUAAUUUAAUGACUUUGAUAGAGCCAGGUCAUUCACCGUGUAAACAUUUUUUUAUUAUUUUAUUUUUAAUUUUUGAAUAAACACCAGUAGCAGUAACAGCUGGACCAGACUCGCAAUUAAUCCACAAUAAAAACUAUCUAUUUACUGACCUUGAGUUACUAUUAUUAUUAUUAUUAUUAUUAUUAUGAAAAAAGUUGGAAAUAUAUUUGAUAAAAUAAUUAUUAUUGUGACUAAAUUGUAGUAUGCAUGUAAGCUCUAUAUAUCAGUAUGUCAGCAAUGAUGACGUAUUUAUAUGUUACUCGUCUAAUCGUACGAGUAUAACCUCAAAGAUCAUGAAUUAUCUAGUCAGAUAAUACAUAUUAUGAUUUAUAUGGUAAAAUGAUUAUUUUAUGUGUAUUGAUUAAACAACAACGUCGAUAAUAGUAAUUAUUGAUAUAUUUGGAGUAAUGACAAUGAUUAUAACGCCAAACAAUAAAUUAAUGAAUGUGAUUAGUAAUUCAUCAAAAUAUAAAAAUGAAUUCACUGUUGAAAUCUGUGAAAUCUAUCGCCAACAAAAAGCAUUUCCUUGUGAAAGAGUCACUGAGGAAACAAUUGAACGCAACGGUAAUGGAGAUUCAAGGUGUCGAGGGAAUAUCAGAAGGUACUGUCGGGAACUGCGAGGAAACAAUGGCACUUUGUUCAGUACUAGAAGCAAUAUUCCUUCACGGCCUGAAGGACAGCCUUUUAAAUCGAGUUACAGAGGUACUCAGUGGUCCAGACUUUGACGCGAUGCCACAGCCGAGUUUCUGGGGUCCACUGCUUGUCUUUUCGCAUCGUGAAAUGAUCGAUCAGAUACAAAAUUUCCAACAAAUAACCACCGAAGUUGGUUAUUGUCGUGCGUGGAUACGACUUGCCCUUAAUGAGGGGCUUCUCUCAAGCUAUCUUUCAUCGAUACAGCAAGAAGAUUCAGCAUUGAAACCUUAUUACGAUAAGUCUGCGUUCAUUCGCGAUGCGGAUCACGUAGAGGUUACUAGAAGAUUGAUUGAGAGUCUGGAGAGUAUUACUUUCGAACUGGCCUGUAAUACUAGUUUAUUAAAUUUCUGGUCAAGCACACCACUUCUUAUGGCAGCCAUCUGGUUGCCGCCCAUGAAAUCAUGUCCAGUCUUCAGCGCAGUAGACAUUGCCAAGACUAUCAACAGUGAUCCGAUAGACUCGUCUUACAAUAGUGAUGUUGAAACAGCUAGCUCGAUUGGCAGUAUGGGCUCUUUUUCAUCCCAAUCUAUUUUGAAUAAUAUCAACUCUGUCAAUGAAGACGAUGCUUUGAGAAUAAUCUUAGCUAAUGGUGGAAGAUCCAUCAAAAUUGACGAUAAAACUACUGGUUAUAGAGACAUCGGAGAGUCUAGCAGAUCACAGCCAAUUAAAGAUGCUCCGAAAAUCGAUAAAGAAACUGAUUCAAUAAAACAAGAAACUGAACUUACGUCAACUGAUGUAGCGACAGCUGAAGUUAAAAGUAUUGAAAAUGAGGCGGCAGGUGUAGAAGAAGACAAAGAAGUAACAAAAAAUGAAGUUGUUGGUAAUUCUUUAAUUGGAAAACUCGGUUGGUCUACUUCAUUAGAAGAAGGCGAAUCUUCUAUGACUUCUUCAAUGAUAUCACGAAAUUCUCUGGCAGAACCACGUACUCCUGGAGAUGGUGCGACUUAUGACGCUUUAAUUAAAAGUUAUCAUACCGCUGGGUAUGCUACUUCUCCAGACCUUUGUGAAUUUCUUGAUAAAUACACGCCAGGAGCUACUCAAACUAAAGAAGACCCCCAACCUGAAAAAGUUAAAGUUGGAGAUGACUUGGAAGAACAAAUAGGCCGGUUACCUAAUGAAAAAGGUCUAGAUGUUCAAAACUACAGUUGUUUCGAUUGUGGGCAUGCUAUAGGAUUGACUUUUUUGAAAGCUUAUGUUUGUGGAUUUUCUGGAAAUUAUUUUUGUACAAAUUGCAUGGCAACAGAAGAAUUUUUAAUUCCUUCACGGAUAAUUCACAAUUGGGAUUUAAAACACUAUCGAGUUAGUGUAAAAGCGGCUACGUAUCUUACAGAUUGUGCUACUCUACUGAAUCUUAAACUUCUUAAUCCUAAAAUUUACGCAGCGGUGGAUAGCAUGGCACAGUUGCGUACUUUGAGAAUACAAUUGAAUCUUCUGCGGGCGUAUUUGUUUACUUGUCGUGAACCAAUCAUUGAGUCACUGCAAAAAAAAGUUGCGCCACGAGAUUACUUGUACGAGCAUGUACAUCAAUACUCGGUAUCAGAUCUUCUGGAUGUACCUUCAGGAGCUUUAGCCCAGCAACUCCAGAAAAUUGUCGAGUUUGCGAGGAAUCAUGUUUUAAAUUGUUGGCUUUGUAGCCAAAAGGGUUUCAUAUGUGAAGUUUGCAAUAAUCCAAAAGUUAUUUAUCCUUUUGAUAUGGCGUCGACGUACAGAUGUGGAGAAUGCAAUGCUGUAUUUCAUGCUGAUUGUCUGAAUUCGAAAAAUCCGUGCCCCAAGUGUGAGCGCAAACGUAAGAGGAUGGAUCGACCACCAAUUGAUGCUCAAGAACCAUCAACGUGAUAAAAGAAAAAUUAAAUAAUUAAGCAGUAUAAUUAUUGAAUAAAUAAUUAAAUUUCAUCGCUUGAUCGCAAUGAUUUCUAAAGAGCUUUAAAAAUAAAUAAAAUAUUGACGAAAAAUUUUUUAUUAAUUUAAUAUAU